GCAGUCAUGAGUUGUGACGUCAUUGCGGAGCAGGACGACUGUGUGCUUCUAUGACAGCUCUUUCGUCCUACUUGUAUCUUUAGUAGAAUCAUGUUUGCGCUCAUUUAAGUCCAGGGUAACCACCAACUGAUAGAGCUAAAAAAAAGUCCAAUAUUAUUGAGUGGUUUCCGUCAAGGUAUUUCGACAUUUCUGUAGUGUUUUGCCGCUGUUAUGCAUAUUAGCUUUAGCUCUGUAGCUAGCUGUUGUUUUUAGCAUUGCCAGUGCUAACCGGAAGCUAGUUUUAGGCCCUUUAGUUUUAUACUUUUUUUUAAAACUACUUUUGGUAUUUUGUGUUUCUUUGCCAGCAAUAAAAUGCCUGACAGCUGAAAGGGAGUUUUGGCUGGAGAUUUGACAUCAACGAUGACAUUAGCAGCAGAUGAGUGGCCCUGAUAAUCACACAUGCUCAGUUUUGAUGAUUGGGGCAAAAUGUCGUGUAAAUCAACCAAAGUGGCCCCCAGUGUUGACUUCGACCACAGUUGUUCGGACAGCGUGGAAUACCUCACGCUUAAUUUUGGUCCUUUUGAAACUGUUCAUCGUUGGAGAAGACUCCCUCCGUGUGAUGAGUUUGUUGGAGCAAGAGCCUAUCUCAUCUGCAUUCGAGCGGAAGGCGGCGUACACCCUGGACAAUUCGCCAUCUCAUCACAGCAACAACACAGAUAGACAGACAACAUCCACACUCGCUGUCACACACAAGGGCCAAUUUAGUGUUGCCAAUUAACCUAUCUCCAGGUGCAUGUUUUUGGCGGUGGGAGGAAGCCGGAGUACCCGGAGGGAACCCACGCAGUCACAGGGAAAACAUGCAAACUCCACACAGAAAGAUCCCGAGCCCGGGAUUGAACUCAGGACUACUGAGGACCUUCGUAUUGUGAGGCGCAGCAAACACACAGUUGUGGCAUACAGAGAUGCUAUAUACGUGUUUGGGGGAGACAAUGGAAAGAAUAUGUUGAAUGAUUUGCUGCGCUUUGACGUGAAGGACUGCUCAUGGUGUCGGGCCUUCACCACAGGAACUCCACCUGCUCCCCGCUACCACCAUUCAGCUGUUGUUUACAGCAGCAGCAUGUUUGUUUUUGGGGGCUACACUGGAGAUAUAUACUCCAAUUCCAACCUUAAAAACAAAAAUGAUCUUUUUGAGUACAAGUUUGCCACGGGGCAGUGGACUGAAUGGAAAGUGGAUGGGAGCUUGCCAGUGGCUCGGUCUGCACACGGCGCCACGGUUUACAGUGAUAAGCUGUGGAUAUUUGCAGGUUAUGACGGGAAUGCAAGGCUGAAUGACAUGUGGACCAUCAGUCUGCAGGACAGAGAGCAUGCAUGUUGGGAAGAGAUCGACCAGAGCGGUGAGAUACCCCCAUCUUGCUGCAACUUCCCCGUCGCUGUAUGCAGGGACAAGAUGUUUGUAUUUUCCGGCCAGAGUGGGGCCAAAAUCACCAACAACCUCUUCCAAUUUGAGUUCAACGGCCACAUGUGGACCCGCAUUCCCACUGAACAUUUACUACGAGGAUCUCCACCGCCUCCCCAGCGGCGUUACGGCCACACAAUGGUCGCCUUCGACCGUCACCUGUAUGUAUUUGGAGGUGCUGCUGACAACACUCUACCCAAUGAGCUGCAUUGCUAUGAUGUGGACUCUCAGACAUGGGAGGUGAUCCAUCCCAGCCUGGACAGCGAGAUGCCCAGUGGAAGGCUCUUCCAUGCAGCUGCUGUGAUCCAGGAUGCAAUGUACAUCUUUGGAGGGACUGUGGACAACAAUGUUCGCAGCGGAGAGAUGUACAGAUUCCAGUUUUCCUGCUAUCCAAAGUGUACUCUCCAUGAAGAUUAUGGCAAACUAUGGGAGAACCGUCAGUUCUGUGAUGUGGAGUUUAUCCUGGGAGAACGGGAGGAGAGAGUUUUAGGACACAUUGCCAUUGUGACAGCGAGAUGCCAGUGGCUGCGCAAGAAAAUCCUGCAGGCUCGGGAUAGACAAAGACAGAGGACCAAACAGGAGAGCAGUGCAGAGAGCGAUGAGGGGGCCACAGGAGGAGGAAGCCAUGUCCCAGGUGGCCAAAGCCAACUACUGGAGGUAUCAAUCAGGGAAGCCGAAGCCCAGCCUUUUGAAGUCUUAAUGCAAUUCCUCUACACAGAUAAGAUCCUGUACCCACGCAGAGGUCAUGUUCAAGAUGUUCUGCUAAUCAUGGAUGUUUACAAACUGGCGCUCAGUUUUAAGCUCUCCCGCUUGGAGCAGCUGUGUGUGCAGUACAUUGAAGCUUCUGUCGACCUCCAGAACGUUCUCAGUGUUUGUGAAAACGCCAACAAGCUCCAACUUGACCAGCUCAAGGAGCAUUGCCUUAACUUUGUAGUGAAAGAGUCACACUUCAACCAGGUGAUCAUGUCGAGGGAGUUCGAACGUCUAUCCACGCCGCUUAUCGUAGAGAUUGUCCGACGAAAGCAACAGCCUCCUCCCAGGUUGUACUCGGACCAGCCGGUGGACAUCGGCACUUCCCUGGUGCAGGACAUGAAGGCCUAUCUGGAGGGAGGCGGCUUGGAAUUCUGUGACAUUAUUCUGCUGUUAGAUGGACACCCUAGACCUGCUCAUAAAGCCAUCCUGGCAGCUCGUUCAAGUUACUUUGAGGCGAUGUUCCGCUCCUUCAUGCCAGAGGAUGGCCAGGUAAACAUUUCCAUUGGAGAGAUGGUUCCAAGUCAACAGGCGUUCGAAUCCAUGCUGCGCUACAUCUACUACGGAGAUGUCAACAUGCCUCCUGAGGAUUCUCUUUAUCUGUUUGCUGCACCGUAUUACUAUGGCUUUUCAAACAACAGGCUGCAGGCGUACUGCAAACAGAACCUGGAGAUGAAUGUGACUGUGGAGAAUGUCUUACAGAUCCUGGAGGCGGCCGAUAAGACACAGGCCCUGGACAUGAAGAAGCACUGCCUCAACAUUAUCGUCCACCAGUUCAUCAAGGUUUCCAAGCUCCCCAACCUGCGAUCCCUCAGCCAGUUGCUGCUGUUGGACAUCAUAGAGUCUCUAGCGUCACAUAUAUCAGACAAGCAGUGUGCCGAGAUGGGCUCCGACAUUUAGGACGAUGGACGUUGACCACUUGCUGUUCUGCUGAGACAAGAUCCAUUUCAUCUGGUUUACCUUCAUUAUUCACAGCUUUCGCAUAGGAUCUUGGUUUAAUUCGGUGCCCUGUCACGAUGAUAUCAUUCAUUCGUUUAUCCUGCUCCGUUUCAUCUAUGAUAUUACACAGUAUAUAGUUGUCUUCUUGAAGGGUCUUCAUUUGUUGGCCCAUUUCUUCUUGAAAGAUCUUCAUUUGUUGGCACAUAUCAGAGACUUAAUUUUUUCUGGUGAUGAUUUGAGUUUGCAAACUUUCUAUAUUUUGCUGCAGACUUUUCUCAUCUUGAUUGUGUUCUGUUAUUGCUUUUUUCAGAUCUUUUUUUAUUUUUUGGGUGAUUUAAUGUGUUAUGAAAGGGACAAUGGAUGGAUGGAUUGUUCAGUUGAAAUUUUACCAGGAUGUUUUUCACAGGUUUUUUUCUAAAAUAAAAUGUCAUUGUGUUUUUGAUUGCAAUGUUGUAAGAAUAAAAUGUACAAAUAAAGUAUACACGCUUUCUCUUGA